GUGUAGAUUAAUUAAAAACUUUCGCAUUUCGCUUCACAAUUUUUUUUCACUGUGUGGAAUUUCAUGUCUUAGUGUCUACAUCUUAGUAUAUUUAGAUGUCUACCAACAGCUUGAAAUAGCAACGUGGACUAAAACUAGGCGAUAUUUUUAUUUACGAUACUGACUGUUGAUACCAGUUGCAUGAGUGAUACUAACAAGCCAUUCAAAAAAAAAAAAAAAAAAAAAAAGAAAAAUAAAUGCUCACUGCUUAUUUUUCUAAUAAGUAUUGCAGUGUAGCUUAGUUUGACAACACGGGGCCAGAAACUAAUUUUUUUGUGUUUGAAAUUUUAAAAUUUGGGACGUUUUUAAGAAUAAAUGCUUCAGUUGCUUGGUAAAAGAAAACUUGCCAUUUUAUUUGAAAGAAAUUAUUGUUAUUAUUUGUCUCAACACAGCAAGCGACAGCGCAAUACUUGAAGACUCAGUGUAAAUACCGUUGUCACCUCAUGAAGCCCACAGGCAAGAUGACGAUUCUUCCACUUGUCGUCGUCUGUGUCUUCUUGUCAUCGGCACUUUGCCUUUACAACCACGACACUGCGAAGCCUGCCAGCCAGGAACGUCACAAGCUGCGGAGUACAGCUGUCCAGCUGUGUCUACACUCAGCUGCGCGAGGCUCUGUAAGGGUUACAGUCACUGCAUUUCCUUCGCCUUUGACCGGUCCGCUGGUGUGUGUCAUCUCCACCCGGUCUUAGGGGCUGGGCUCGUCGCUACCCCACUUCGCAUCUAUCAGGACACCGAUCCUGUUUGCAAAGAGAGUUCCUUAACGGUGUCCAACUCAGCCCCGGUCCGUUGGACUCGAACAUUAACCUCCUUCCAGGCCAAUGUGACGUGUCGGUCCGGUUACCUGCUCAACACGGUCGACACAGUGGUUAGAUGCAUGAAGGAUGGACAACUCGUGCCCACCCAAGCAGACGUUCAGUGUCGGCAGUACUUGUGGAAUAACCCGGUGGGAGAUGUCCGAGUGCCUAUACCUCGCAAUGUGACUGUAGGAUGGUCAAUGUGUAUCAAUGGGACACCUACUAACGACUUUUACAUAGAUAUUGAAGGCAACAGCAGCAGUAGUCUUCCCCUGACCACAACCUGGACCAUGGCCAGCCUACUUGGUCUACUAAAUACAAACUCACUGAAAGUGGGAGAUAAGCUGGACGGGAUCUUAAGUUCUUUGUUGACAGUCAUCAGCUUGACGUCCUUCUCAGUGAAUGCCCCUGGCUUCAUCAAGAUUACCGUUAUUUCAUCGAGCCAGUUAUCGAUUUACGUCAACAACAACCUCGUGUACACCAUGCAGCUACGGUUCCAUUGGACGAUUUUGAUUACGUGGUGGUGAAGGGAUCAAUCACAGUGUCCGCCCUGAACGUGUGGUGUACUCCGUAAACAUUCGCUUCCCGUGGGGAAUAAUACUAUGACGACGAAAUAUUUUUUUUUUUUUUUUAUAAAAUUAUCUCUCCUACCAAAAAUGUAUUCUCACUGUUUGCGAGAGUUUAAAAACAUAGCGAGAGUUACAUGUGAUCUCGCAGGACAUUUUGUUUAAAGAAGAAAUCAGCUGUUGCAGCUUUUUGCAAAUUGACCCUUGACCUCUACAAAUGUAUCAAACAUUGUGUGAUAUCACAGAAGUAAUGAUCGAGUUUGGUUAAUUCGAAAUUGAGGAUUAUUCUGAUAGUAUGGUGUGUAAUCACAGAUUUUCCACAUGAUGUACAAUUAUUUUUCAAUCGAGUUUUCUAUCACGUGAGUGUUGCAGAAGCUUUCUAGCUUUAGGUUCGCUUCUCUCUUUUGACAAUCACAGAAACGUAGAAAUAAGGACCGUUGAUGUAAGUGUGCUUUUAUAGGCAGUCCAUGUAGGCGUGUCACCUAACGACACCAUGCCAUCAGGUGCCAGUUUGUUUUGUUGUUGUUGCUGUUGUUGUUGUUUUGGACAAAGGUUCGCAACUCACGCUUUGCUGGCGACGAUAUAGAGUGACUCAGCUGUAGGUGUGCCUUGUAGAAAUAAUAUCUUCUUUCUUGAGAGUGUGAGGAGGACGCAUCUAGCUAUGGUCGUGUCUGAUUGGCUGCUUGUUCGCGUGGACGCAAGUGUGUGUGUAUGUGGUUUCGCACGAGAAAGGAAGAAUAUGCAUGUAGAUAACUUCUUGUGAUAGAUCAAUAAGUCUGACUUUGAUAAUUAAUGAGCAAAUAAAAAUAAAUAAAUAACAGUUAUUUUUGUUAUACGUCAAGCGAGUCCACUCCUGUAGGUGUAGUAAAAAUGCAUGUGAGUGUAUCGGAAGUGAGAUCUUUGUGGUUCUGGUGAUUAACCCUUUACUGCUGUGCACAUAAAUACAAUUUUUCUUUCAUUCAGCCAUUUCUCAACAAGCCUCACAAAGCUGCACUAGUUCGUCACAAAAACAACUUUAAAAAAACAACAACAACAAACAACAAAAUUGACUUCCAAUCUUACAGUUUGCGGCGCAAGAAAAUGCAGGAAGGUCUUUGAGUAAUUGGUGGGUGUGUUACAUGGUUCUGGCUGUCAAAACAGUUGUUGCCUCGAUGACAAUUAACAUGAGGACUAAAUUGCGAGGAACCGCGAAUAACUUAAUAAAGACUCGGAGAUCAGUUAACAUUUUUUUUUUGCAAAUUGUUUAGUGAUACCUGUCACUGAUCAAAAGCUAUCGCGUUUGAAUGAUGUAUUACCUGAAAAUAAAAAUAUGUUUGGUCGAGGUUUUUGCGGCAGGCUCGUGUGUCUGGGUGGAGGAAAUGAGAGUUUAGCACUGAAGGCCAAAUUAGAGAGAAUUGAUGGAGUCGAAAUUUUCAUAACUUGCAUGACUGUCACUCUUCGCUCGGCCGCGGCGGCUCCUCUGAUGUGCGGCUACGCCUCGAUGGCAACAAGCAAUCAUCAGGAUAUUGUAAUGUAAACCAUUUACUUUAUGUGUUCACAGGGUUGCUCCAAGUAGAGCCCACCCCCACAUUCCCCUGUUCCCCUUCCAGGCUUUGAUGAUACUCAUUGUAUUUUACAGGCAUCGUGUGUUCAUAGUGUGUGUUCCUCUCUAACAAGAAUAAGAGGAAUAAAAGAAUAAAAGGACACGCAACAGUAUAUUAUGAUCUAUUAUUUCACACACACACAAUUUUAAAUUCUUUUAAAUUCCAGUAAGGUGAGGAAGAAAAGUUCCAGCCAUGUGUAUCUUCCCACCCUAGCUUUCGCAAAGAGAAUCCAUCCAUACUCAGCGAUUGAACAACUCAGUGAAGUACAGUUAGCUCGUCCUCAGGCAUUGUCCUCUUCCUCCCAUCAUGCCUUUCAUAGUCCCGCCCACCCCUACCAUACCUACAGGGUUCUUUAGAUGUUAAUAUAUGUUUGGUGUCUGGUUGGGUUAAUGAAAGAACAUCUCCACACUUCUCUAAAGCCGAGCAUCAAACCCGCUUGUUUGUUUGCAUUAUGAAAGCUACAAU